GCAACGCUAAGCGGGGUUGUUGUUGAGAAUCCGAGGCUGUUUUUUUAUUCAUUUUUUGCCUCGAUUGUAUUUCGUAAUUUGCCAGAAAACAAUGAAAUGACUGGGACGUUGGUUUAGCUUUAAGAAUAAAAAUCGUCAGUUCGCCAGUGUCAUGGCAAAGUUUCUUCGUUUACUAGGAAAGGAGAAAGAACUGGUGAAAGACAAAUAUAAAAGCCAUGAAGAUGCUGAAGCAAAUAGAAUAUUCGAAUAUAAUAAUGCUGUCGUAAUUCAAAGCUGGUAUCGAGGAUUACGUGUGAGACAUUAUUUGCGACACUUGCAAAAUUGUUCAAUCGUUAUUCAAAGAAAUUGGCGUGGCUUCAUGGGCCGCCGCUUCUAUCGAAUCUUGGUCCGCAAUUUAGUCAUGGUUAUGAGAAUGAAUUUCUAUAACUGCAUGGCCACAAGAAUUCAGAAAAUCUGGCGUGGUUUUUAUGUUCGAGAACAUGUUCAUAACUUCUAUGCUAGGAAACGAUAUCUAGAAGCCCUGGCUAUAAAGAAUCAAAUUGUUCGCAAUGAAUUGGAUGAAUAUCAGGAACAACUAGAAACCGAUCGCAAAAAACGCAAACAUGACGAGUUAGAAAAGAAACUACAUUAUCAAGCUCGCAAGCAUCAUUAUUUAUUGAGCACUCAUCAAAAACCUGGUAUAUACAACUCUCCUUUCUGGCCCUAUCCUCAUGAAAUGGAAUUCAGAUUAAGGGCGGCACAGCCACUUGACCACAAGCAGAAAACGAAACAAGCUCAAUAUAAAACAAGUGUAUCUUUAGACAUGAUUGAUCCUACAGAUACUACUCUCAAGCCACAUCCUCCAACAAAAACUUUACCGCCAAUUAGGAAAGAAAAGAUUCAAGGACCCUUUAAGGAUCCAGUAAUUGUGUAUAGGCAAAGAUAUAGGCCUCUAAAUCCUUCGUUACGUGUUUCAACUGAUUUUACAUCAUUACAUGAAGGAAGGGAACUCAUGAAAGAGGAAGAAUGGAGAGACAGAGUUAUUGAUGUUCCUUUUCUACCAUUCAGCACUAAAGAAAAACCUUAUGAACCUCUUUUACAUACUUCUUCCAAAUUUGGUCAUCUCCCAUAUGGCGUUGAAUACUUUCGGGAAACAAACUAUAAUAGGAAUGUCUCUACAAAAAGAAUGCAAACUGUGGUUUCCCCAAUUCCUGUCUUUGACAAGUUUGAACAAACAUAUUCUAAAGGUGCUGUAGUUCUGCAAUAAUGUUUCUCAACAUCAUCAUUGUACUGUAAUAUUCAUCUAUACAGAAGUGCUAAUUUUACUGAUCAAAAGGGAUUUCUGGAUUUGGGUGCUUCGAUCACUAUAGCUAAAUUGGAUACAUUAAAUAAUGAUUACUUAAGCUAUGGUUAUCAGUUUUUUUUUUUAAUCUUAGUGUACAAUUCACUCACUUACACCUUUUCUGCGAUUUCGUAAGAAAUUACCAAUUUGAAGUGAUGUAGAAUGUUCAUUAUAAUUGUAUAUAAAAAUAUGUCUUUAACGCUUCCCAAACAGAAUAUAUAGGUGCUUGUAAAAGAGUGAUUUUUUUUAAUAAUACAUUCGCUUGAAAAUUUUUGUUGUUCCUUGUAACAGCACUGUUAUAUUUUAUUACAACUGUGAUCAGUUAUGUACAUUUUUGACAUAUCCAUGUAGAAUGAAAUACCUGUUAAAUAAUGACUUCCAAAGAAAACAAGUUUCUAGUUGUUUGGCAUCUACUACUAACAUGCAGCAAUCUCACUUUUAUCACUAACCAUUGAUUUAUGUAAUACAUUUAAGUUAUUACCCACAUUUAUCCAUGUAGAACUAAUAUUGUAAUAUGAUAAUUUGGCCAAGUAUACCAUAUUUUGUUUGUAUAUACCACCCAUUCUUUCUGUAAUGGCACAUUUUUGUAUGUCUGAUAUAAUUUCUUGAUGAAUGUUUUUUGAAUAUUUUUAG